AUGGUCGGAAAACCCACAAAGCAAAAACUAGACUUACUGAAAAUGAGACUACAGUUUCGAAAUUCACCUUCAGACCUGAUGAUCCGCGGUGUCGUUCUCUUCGCGGCGUGUCUGGCGGCGGCGGCUGCUCUGCCCAUUGAAAUAAAUGAGGACAGAAUGACGUCUGUCAUGAAUGACAUGGCGGCCAUUCGGAAAGAGAUCGAGGAGAUUCGCCAGGAGAUCAACCUCCACCUCCACGGCGGCCACCAGGAACAAGGCCACGAUAAGAUCGUAGAGGAGGUGGAAAUGCUCCGCCAUGAGCACGAGACACACCAUCUUCACCAUCAGCACGAAGGCCACGAGGAUCACCAUAACGAGGAGUUGCUAAAACACUUAGAAGACACUCACGGACACAGUCAUGAGGCUGAUCAUCACGACGACCAUCACCAUGACGACCACCAUGAACAUCAUGAUCAUCACGAUGGCCAUCAUGACGACCAUCAUCACCAUGACGACCACCAUGAACACCAUCAUGACCAUCACGAUGACCACCAUGACGACCAUCACCAUGACGACCAUCAUCAUGACGACCACCAUGAACACCAUGAUGACCAUCACGAUGACCACCAUGACGAUCACCAUCACCAUGACGACCAGAAGACACUCUUAGAAGAAGACAUUCAUGGACACAGUCAUGAGGCUGACCAUCACGACGACCAUCACCAUGACGACCACCAUGAACACCAUCAUGAUCAUCACGAUGGCCAUCAUGACGAUCACCAUCACCAUGACGACCAUCAUGACGACCACCACGAUGAACACGACCACCAUGACGACCAUCACCAUGACAGCCACCACCAUGAUGACCACGACCACCACGACGACCACCAGCAUGAAGAGCACCAUGAGGACGACCACCACGACGACCACCAGCACGAAGAGCACCAUGCGGACGACCAUCACGACGACCACAAACACGAAGAGCAUCAUGAGGACGACCACCACGACGACCACCAGCACGAACAGCACCAUGAGGACGACCAUCACGACGACCACAAACACGAAGAGCACCAUGAGGACGACCAUCAUGACGACCACCAGCAUGAAGAGCACCAUGAGGACGACCAUCACGACGACCAUCAGCAUGAAGAGCACCAUGAGGACAACCAUCACGACGACCACAAACACGAAGAGCACCAUGAGGACGACUACCAAGACGACCAUCAGCACGAAGAGCACCAUGAGGACGACCACCAGCAUGAAGAGCAUCAUGCGGACGACCACCACAACGACCACCAGCACGAAGAACACCAUGAGGACGACCAUCACGACGACCACCAGCACGAAGAGCACCAUGAGGACGGCCAUCACGACGACCACCAGCACGAAGAGCACCAUGAGGAUGACCACGACGACCACCAGCAUGAAAAGCACCAUGAGGACGACCAUCACGACGACCACCAGCAUGAAAAGCACCAUGAGGACGACCAUCACGAUGGUCACAAGCACGAAGAGCAUCAUCACGACCACCACCACCACCAUCACGACCACCACCACGACGACCACGAAAAGGACGAGCACGAUACUCAUGGUCUGCACGAAAAUGAGUAA